AUGACGUCGAAUACAUCUGAUGGGGAGACUAUCAAUGUCCUAUUCUAUGGUCUUGGAGCGAUUGGCUCUGUUUAUGCAUUCAUUCUAAGUCGAGUAUCAAACGUACGAUUAACUGUCGUUGCAAGGUCAAAUUAUCAAGCUGUGAAGGAGAAUGGACUGAAGCUUAUCAGUCAGAAUCACGGAGAAAAUAUCUUUUACCCAGCUAACAUCAUCAAAACACCCGACGAAGCACCGGGUCAUUAUGAUUAUAUAAUUUGCUCUAACAAAGCUAUUGGCCAAGAAGUCGUAGCUAAAUCUCUUGCACCAGUAGUUUCCGAGUCAACAACUAUAGUACUUAUCCAAAAUGGCGUUGGAAACGAAGACCCAUUCCGAGCAAUUUAUCCUCAAAAUACCAUCAUCUCCUGUGUUGCGUGGACCGGCGCCAUUCAAAACACACUCGGCAUCGUUCAUCAUACCAAAAACGAGAAUCUGCAACUAGGACUUUUCACAAAUUCGAAUGUAUCAACAGAAAUUGAAAACAAACGAUUAAAGAUCUUUUCGGAUCUAUUAUCCGCCGGAAGAACACCACAUGAAGUUUUCUCUCCUUCCAGAUUGCAGACCGCUCGUUGGGAAAAAGUCAUUUGGAAUUGUGCCUGGAAUUGUCUAACUACACUUACACGUCUCCAUACACACGAGUGGCUCAACUCUUCCCCAGAAGCUAUGUACAUGACGCGAACGCUCAUGGGAGAAGUAGUUGCUGUUGCAAGAAAGAUGGAGGUAGAUAUCAAAGAUGAUUUGAUUGAUAGAUUGAUAGAGAGGAUACUAGGGAUGCCGAGUAUUGGUACGAGUAUGUUGACUGAUGCGUUGUGUGGGAGACAGUUAGAGUUAGAUGUUAUACUUGGAGUGCCGGUUAAGAGGGGUAGGGAGUUGGGGGUGGAUAUGAGGGUUUGUGAGACGGUUUAUACGUUGCUUCAGGGAGUGGAUUUGGGGUUGAGACAAGGAGGACCGAAGAGUACUUGA